GCCCCAGACCCUAUAAGGCCAGGGAGCUGAGAGCAAAGCCAGCUGCCAGCUGCGCCACUCGUCACUCCAGGAGACCCUCACACGGUCCAGGUGAGCAUUGUCGGGGUGAGACUAGCCUGCAGGCAGCCACUUAGAGGAUUACCAUGUCUGCACAAGAAGAAGGAGGCCGGGAGGCCCCCAAACCCAAGGGCAAGACCCUGAGCAGCUUCUUUGGGUCCCUGCCUGGCUUCAGUUCUGCCCGGAACCUAGUGGCCAACGCCCACAGCUCAGCGAGAGAGGCUCGGCCAGCCGCCGAUACCGCAGGCGCUCCAGCCCCUGAGGCCACCCAGCCCCAGGCUCAGGCGGCCACCGACUUGGAGCAGACGGCCAGGGGGACAGAGAUGCUGUCGCCUUCAGACAAGGUGAUCUCUGGAGCCAAGGACAUGGUGUGCUCCAAGAUGACCAAGACCAAGGAUGCCAUCUCCUCUGGGAUGGCCAACAUGGUGGACACAGCUAAAGGUGUCGUCCAGGGAGGCCUGGGCAUGACCCGAUCCACGCUCACAGGCACCAAGGAUGCUGUGGCCAGUGGGGUGACAGGGGCAAUGGGUGUGGCCAAAGGGGCUGUUCAGACGGGGGUGGACACCACCAAGACUGUCUUGACGGGCACUAAAGACGUCGUGUCCACAGGACUCACUGGGGCAGUGAACAUGGCCAAGGGCACAGUCCAGACCGGCGUGGACACCACCAAGACUGUCCUCACUGGCACCAAAGACACAGUGUCCACUGGACUCACAGGUGCAAUGAACGUGGCCAAGGGGGCUGUCCAGACCGGAGUGGACACCACCAAGACUGUCCUCACUGGCACCAAAGAUGCAGUGUCCACUGGACUCACUGGGGCAGUGAACAUGGCCAAGGGCACAGUCCAGACCGGCGUGGACACCACCAAGACUGUCCUCACUGGCACCAAAGAGACCAUGUCUGCUGGGCUCACUGGAGCAAUGGGUGUGGCCAAGGGGGCUGUCCAGACUGGCAUGGACACCACCAAGACCGUCUUAACCGGCACCAAAGAUGCCAUGUCCACUGGACUCACUGGAGCCAUGGGUGUGGCCAAGGGGGCUGUCCAGACUGGCGUGGACACCACCAAGACUGUCCUCACUGGCACCAAAGAUGCAGUGUCCACUGGACUCACUGGAGCCAUGGGUGUGGCCAAGGGGGCUGUCCAGACUGGCAUGGAUACCACCAAGACUGUCCUCACUGGCACCAAAGACACAGUGUCCACUGGACUCACAGGUGCAAUGAACGUGGCCAAGGGGGCUGUCCAGACCGGAGUGGACACCACCAAGACUGUCCUCACUGGCACCAAAGAUGCCAUGUCCACUGGACUCACUGGAGCCAUGGGUAUGGCCAAGGGGGCUGUCCAGACUGGCAUGGACACCACCAAGACUGUCCUCACUGGCACCAAAGACACAGUGUCCACUGGACUCACAGGUGCAAUGAACGUGGCCAAGGGGGCUGUCCAGACCGGAGUGGACACCACCAAGACUGUCCUCACUGGCACCAAAGAUGCAGUGUCGACUGGGCUCACUGGGGCAGUGAACAUGGCCAAGGGCACAGUCCAGACUGGCAUGGACACCACCAAGACUGUCCUCAUGGGCACCAAAGACGCAGUGUCCACUGGACUCACUGGGGCAGUGAACAUGGCCAAGGGCACAGUCCAGACCGGCGUGGACACCACCAAGACUGUCCUCACUGGCACCAAAGAUGCCAUGUCCACUGGGCUCACUGGAGCCAUGGGUAUGGCCAAGGGGGCUGUCCAGACUGGCGUGGACACCACCAAGACUGUCCUCACUGGCACCAAAGACACAGUGUCCACUGGACUCACAGGUGCAAUGAACGUGGCCAAGGGGGCUGUCCAGACUGGCGUGGACACCACCAAGACUGUCUUGACUGGCACCAAAGAUGCCAUGUCCACUGGACUCACAGGUGCAAUGAAUGUGGCCAAGGGCACAGUCCAGACCGGCGUGGACACCACAAAGACUGUCCUCACUGGCACCAAAGAAACAGUGUCCACCGGACUCACAGGUGCAAUGAUCGUGGCCAAGGGGGCUGUCCAGACUGGCAUGGACACCACCAAGACUGUCUUGACUGGCACCAAAGAUGCCAUGUCCACUGGACUCACUGGAGCCAUGGGUGUGGCCAAGGGGGCUGUCCAGACUGGUGUGGACACCACCAAGACUGUCCUCACUGGCACCAAAGAUGCAGUGUCCACUGGACUCACUGGGGCAGUGAACAUGGCCAAGGGCACAGUCCAGACCGGCGUGGACACCACCAAGACUGUCCUCACUGGCACCAAAGAGACCAUGUCUGCUGGGCUCACUGGAGCAAUGGGUGUGGCCAAGGGGGCUGUCCAGACUGGCAUGGACACCACCAAGACCGUCUUAACCGGCACCAAAGAUGCCAUGUCCACUGGACUCACUGGAGCCAUGGGUGUGGCCAAGGGGGCUGUCCAGACUGGCGUGGACACCACCAAGACUGUCCUCACUGGCACCAAAGAGACCAUGUCUGCUGGGCUCACUGGAGCAAUGGGUGUGGCCAAGGGGGCUGUCCAGACUGGCAUGGACACCACCAAGACCGUCUUAACCGGCACCAAAGAUGCCAUGUCCACUGGACUCACUGGAGCCAUGGGUAUGGCCAAGGGGGCUGUCCAGACUGGCGUGGACACCACCAAGACUGUCCUCACUGGCACCAAAGACACAGUGUCCACUGGACUCACAGGUGCAAUGAACGUGGCCAAGGGGGCUGUCCAGACCGGCGUGGACACCACCAAGACUGUCCUCACUGGCACCAAAGAUGCAGUGUCCACUGGACUCACAGGUGCAAUGAAUGUGGCCAAGGGCACAGUCCAGACCGGCGUGGACACCACCAAGACUGUCCUCACUGGCACCAAAGAUGCAGUGUCCACUGGACUCACUGGGGCAGUGAACAUGGCCAAGGGCACAGUCCAGACCGGCGUGGACACCACCAAGACUGUCCUCACUGGCACCAAAGACACAGUGUCCACUGGACUCACAGGUGCAAUGAACGUGGCCAAGGGGGCUGUCCAGACCGGAGUGGACACCACCAAGACUGUCCUCACUGGCACCAAAGAUGCAGUGUCCACUGGACUCACUGGGGCAGUGAACAUGGCCAAGGGCACAGUCCAGACCGGCGUGGACACCACCAAGACUGUCCUCACUGGCACCAAAGAGACCAUGUCUGCUGGGCUCACUGGAGCAAUGGGUGUGGCCAAGGGGGCUGUCCAGACUGGCAUGGACACCACCAAGACCGUCUUAACCGGCACCAAAGAUGCCAUGUCCACUGGACUCACUGGAGCCAUGGGUGUGGCCAAGGGGGCUGUCCAGACUGGCGUGGACACCACCAAGACUGUCCUCACUGGCACCAAAGAUGCAGUGUCCACUGGACUCACUGGAGCCAUGGGUGUGGCCAAGGGGGCUGUCCAGACUGGCAUGGAUACCACCAAGACUGUCCUCACUGGCACCAAAGACACAGUGUCCACUGGACUCACAGGUGCAAUGAAUGUGGCCAAGGGGGCUGUCCAGACUGGCGUGGACACCACCAAGACCGUUCUCACUGGCACCAAAGACACAGUGUCCACUGGACUCACAGGUGCAAUGAAUGUGGCCAAGGGGGCUGUCCAGACUGGCAUGGACACCACCAAGACUGUCUUGACUGGCACCAAAGAUGCCAUGUCCACUGGUCUCACAGGUGCAAUGAACGUGGCCAAGGGGGCUGUCCAGACUGGUGUGGACACCACCAAGACCGUCUUGACCAGCACUGAAGAGGCCUUGUCCACGGGGCUUUCUGGGGCAGUGAAUGUGGCCAAAUGGGCUGCCCAGGGGAGUCUGGACACCUCAAAGGCUGUCCUCAUGGGCACCAAAGAUGCCAUGUCCACUGGGCUCAACAGGGUAGGGAACCUGGCCCAUGGAGAUGUGCAGACUGGUCUUGGCACCAUCCAGAACUGGUUACCUGGUCCCCAGGAUGCCAUUGCAGGUGGACUCGCCAGUUCUAGGGCCCCAGACAAAAAACAAACCCUCCCAAACCCUCCCGAGGCUCUGUCCUAUGAGGUCUCCAGGUACCCAGACACUCUCUGUGCAGGCCUGGACGUUGCUGGGGAAGUCACCACAGGCACCAAGGGCCUUGUGUCAGCCGAGGCGACAUUCAUCCAAGGGGCUGAACUGGGCAAGGAGGAGGCAGGACAUGGAGCCACUGCUCGUGCCCACGAAGGAGUCCAGGGCUUUGUGACGCUCCGGGAUGAGUUGGAGGAACUGGGGGAGAUCUUCCAGCCCAUGAGCGCUGAGGAACAAGCUCGGCUGGCUGCCUCCCAGUCUGGGCCGAGGGUGCUUGCAGCUGACCAGGGCAGCUACUUUGUGCGUCUGGGCGACCUGGCCCCCAGCUUCCGUCAGCGAGCUUUCGAGCAUGCCCUGAGCCACCUGCAGCACGGCCAGUUCCAAGCCAGGGCUGCACUGGCCCAGCUCGAGGAUGCCUUCAGACUGAUUGAGAAGCCCCAGCAGGCUCCAGACCAGCAGCUGUUGCCAAACCAGGAUCUGAGCAGCACGGUGGAAGGAGCCGGUGGCCAAGAGGUGCCAGGCGCUGGGGCUCUGUCCAGGGCCUGCGGCCUCGUCCAGCAGCUCCAUGUGGCCUACAGCACUCUGGCCUCCGGCCUCCAGGGCCUGCCCGCUGAGCUCCAGAGGCCGGUUGGGCAGGCAAGGCACAGCCUCUGCAAGCUCUACGGCGUCAUCUCCUCGGCCGCCUCUGUGGAGGAGCUCCCAGCUGAAUGUCUGGCCCGCAGCCGUGAGAGCAUAGGCCAGGCAUGGCAGGGGCUGGAGCAGCUGCUGGAGAGCGUGCAGCACAGCCCCCCGCUUGGCUGGCUGGUGGGGCCCUUCACCCUGCACCCCGGUGGGCAGCAGCUUUAGGAACCCCUCCCCUGUCCUGAGCCCUUGGCCGAGCCUUCUCCCCGGCCUGAAACCAGCUCCGGCUCUAGGCCUGCCUGCACCGUCCACCUUCCUCCCCCAGCACAGCUGGCCCUGCUCCUGGCCAAGGAGCCCAGGGCUGCUAAGACCCUUUUGACAAGGGGCCUUCGGCUGAAGACCUGCAGCACGCACUCCAAUUAGGAAAUAAGAAGUGGACAAGAAGCCUGUCUCGAAGUUUCUCUGCUCAGCACCCCCACUAGAGCCCUUUUAUCUUUCACUUCUGCGGGGUCUUCCACCCCAGUCUGAGCCCUUUAGCUACCAUCCUCGCAGUGGUCCUGCUCCUCCAGCCUGGGCUCCAGGCAGCUCCAUCCUCACUCUGAAAGCAUAGUCACUCAGCAAACAGCUCAUAUCAGAAGGUACUAGAACAUCACCAUCAUCCUGAAGCAGGAAGGCUCCCACCAUCUUCUGCCGAGCCCCAUGUGGCCAAGGGGUUUGUGCAGGCGAAGCUGCUGCAGCCACCACCCGGGAGCUGGCACUGACUCAGCCUGAGGACUGAGCGAGUAGGCAGGGGAUGAGAACAGGUCUCUUUCCGCAGCAGCCUGCUUGCCUGCCAGCUCUGCCCAAGGUGAUGGCUGAUCACAACCAUCCCAGAGCAGAGGUUCUUGGGUGCCCAGGGCAGAGGCUGCCAAUGAAGGAAUAAAAGGGCUUCCUCACAAGGGACGGGGCCCUGUGACCAAAUGUGCCCUGCAUGUGUUCAGGUUUUGGUCAUGUGCUCCAGGCUGGAGGCCAGGGGCUGGGAUGGCGGCCACUGGACAAGGCUGGCUGCGCUCUCCCUGAUCCUCAGGGUGACCUGCGAGGUGGGGCCUCGGCGGCGGCGGUCCAUUCCCCAGCUCCUGCCCCCUGGGGCACCUGCAGAUGCUGGGGGAGCUGCUGCGUCAGAAGGCCAGCAGCCCGAGCCUGGUUGGGCCCCCACUUCCCAGAGUCCCCAUCAUACCAGCAACCCCCCAUCUGGUUCUCUCCGUGCCAGAAGGCUUGAAGCACCCUCUCUUCUCAGAAAUGAGGAGGUACUCAGAGCUCCUGGAUGGAUGGGCCAGCUCUCACCAAGAGUCACCACAGCUGCCAAGGACCCCAGCCGAGGUGAGACCCUGGGGACCCGUCCAAGAACUCUCCCGGCCCUUCCCUCCUCGCUCUCCAUCACGUUCCAUCAUCAGAGGUGGCAACACUGGAAACAGUUGUUCACAGAAACCAAGCUCAGCGACAACCUCAAGGCCAAUCAAACCAAAUGGGGAAUGCCAGGCCCAGGAUGUCCUACCACAUCCUGACCUCUCUCUCAGCCGGGACAGGGGGGCGCAGCCAAGGCCAGGACAAGGGACACAGAAGGAACCACUGUUUAACCAGCAACUGCUGUGUGCAGGUGCCACGUACCUCGCCCAUCUGAGUCCAUGUGAUGGGUGAGAAGCCCAGAGUGGGGGUGCCACUCACCCUCAAUGUCUACACUCUCUGAAUGUUAAGGACAACAGAAGCCUAUAGAACCCUCCUGGCCUGAAGACCCUGAGUUGGGGGCCUCUGGGGCUUUGGGUCUGGCCUCGGAGUGUGUGGGGGGGGUGCAAGAGCCACCACAGCCUGCGUAGGAGCAGGAAACGGUAGACCCCAUGGAAUGAGGCAGUGGCUGCAAACAAGAGAGCAAACCCCAGCCUUCUUUGGACAUGGUAAGUUGAGAGGUUUUCAUUCCUCCUUUUGAAAAGGCCUUGCCCCACUCCCACUGCCUGCCAGCCUGCAGGGCCAGGAGCACCUUCACAACCAACUUCUCAUUCAUUGUUAAUGGUGACCCGAUGGCUUAAAACUCUUGUCCCUGGAUAGGCCCCUGACAGCCUGCCAACCAAUAACACAAGAAACCAAGUCAAUAAAAGCGACAUUUUUCAUUAAAAAAA